AUGAAACACCUCAACUCCAUGAAACGAGCCCCGCAUCCCACUCCUCAAAGCGGUGACGGCGCCUUCUUCCAUGAGCCAGUCUCCUGGCAACCAGCAGCCAAUCAGCACCCGGGCUCUCUCUCUGUUGUAACCACUGUGUGGGGCGUGACCAAUCCCACGCAUAGCCAGGUGAUCGGCGCGCCGCCCAUGGGUCCUGGCGACAGCACGGGCGGCCACAUGAUGCCCGGUGGGGGUGGAGGCGGCGGGCCUGGCAUGACUGGCGGCAUGGGCCCGCAGUUCAUGGGCCAGCAGGCCUACGGCGACGCAGUGUCCAAAGGUUACGGCCAACCGCUCAUGUAUGGACGCCCCAACGCGACGUACAACCCCGCGGCGGCCUAUGGCGGCAGUUACCCCGGUAAUAGCGGCGGCAUGGGUGCGCGCCCCCCCUCGGACUUCACCACGGCCACGGCCGCUGCCGUGGCCGCAGCCACCGCUACGGCCACAGCCACUGCCACCGUGGCGGCGAUCCAGGAGAAGCAGAACCAGGACAUCAACUACGCUCAGAUGGGCGGAGCCUCCUCAUACAGCCCCCAGUUUAUGUCUCACGUGGGAGCUCGCGGUCCCACGGCCAUGAACCAAGGAGCGAUGGUGUCCGGCAGGCCCGGGGCCGCACCGCCUUCCGGCGGGGGCUUGUACCCACCACACCCCGGAGCCUCGCAGAAGAUGCACGGGGGUGGAAGUGCGGGAUACCCCGCCGCAACACAGGGACUCAAACGCACCUUCCACUCAGAGUUUGUGUUGCUUUGUGCCGGGCAGUUCGGGGGCGGUGGCGGGAUGUCGUCCAUGUCUGGAUACCCUCAGCAACCACUGCAGUAUCCCCCCGGAGCGCAGCAACGGUGCGCCCCCUCCCCUUCGUACCCGGGUGGCCGUAUGCCCCCCAUGAGCCAGUACGCUUCUGGAUCGCACAACAACCCGCUGUCAUUCCCACCGGGCGGCGGACAGCCCAACCCGCCCCAAUACUAUAAGUCUGACGUGUUUAACGGGCAGAGUAGUCUGCCCCCUGCAGGCCCAGGAGGAUAUAAUGCCUUCACGCAGGCAGCAGCCAGCGGGCCGGGCCGAGGAGGCGGCGGCGGCGGGGGGAUGCCUGGAUACCCCGGCUCCCCCAUGGGCGGGAACCCGACCCCUCCCAUGACUCCCGGCACCUCUGUGCCACCUUACCUCUCGCCGAGCCAGGACACCAAACCCCCUUACAUGCCCCCCGAUGUAAAAAACAACAUGGGUGGCCCGCAGCCCGGCGCAGGUAACCCUAGCGAUGACCUUCGCCUUACCUUCCCGGUGCGGGAUGGAGUGGUGUUGGAGCCUUUCAGGCUGGAGCACAACUUGGCUGUCAGUAACCACGCCUUCCAGCUUCGAGACUCUGUCUACAAAACGCUGAUGAUGAGGCCCGAUCUGGAACUGCAGUUCAAAUGCUACCACCACGAGGACCGUCAGAUGAACACCAACUGGCCCGCCUCGGUGCAGGUGAGCGUCAACGCCACGCCUUUGUCCAUCGAGCGCGGCGACAACAAGACCUCGCACAAGGCCUUGUACCUCAAGCAAGUGUGCCAGCCCGGACGCAAUACGGUCCAGAUCACCGUCACUGCCUGCUGCUGCUCCCACCUGUUCGUGCUUCAGUUGGUCCAUCGGCCGUCUGUCAGGUCCGUGUUACAAGGACUGAUGAAGAAACGGCUCCUGCCCGCGGAGCACUGCAUCACCAAAAUUAAGAGAAACUUCAGCAGCGGCACCAUCCCCGGGACCCCUGGGCUGAACGGAGAGGACGGCGUGGAGCAAACGGCCAUCAAAGUGUCGCUCAAAUGUCCCAUCACCUUCCGACGCAUCCAGCUGCCGGCGCGAGGACACGACUGCCGCCACAUACAGUGCUUUGACCUGGAGUCGUACCUGCAGCUCAACUGCGAGAGAGGAACAUGGAGGUGUCCCGUCUGCAAUAAGACUGCUCUACUGGAGGGUCUGGAGGUGGACCAGUACAUGUUGGGGAUCCUGGUGUACAUCCAGAACUCUGACUACGAGGAGAUCACCAUUGAUCCACUAUGCGGCUGGCGGCCGGUGCCCGUCAAGCCCGACCUGCACGUGAAGGAGGAGCCCGAUGGGCCAGCACUCAAGCGCUGUCGCACUGUCAGUCCCAGUCACAUGGUUCUGCCCAACGUCAUGGAGAUGAUAGCCUCGCUGGGACCCGCCUCCUCCCCCUACACCGGGGGCGGCAGCAGGGGCAGCCCUGACUUCAAUAGGCCAGGGAGUCGAGGCUUCGCUGGUCAAUCGGCUUUCCCAGAGUUCCCCAACACUCCUGGCACGCCAACCCUGGGAGAGUACCCUUCCUCCGGACCGCCGCUCUCAUACCCGCCCGAGCAGGCGCCGCACCCGUCCCAUAAUGCGUCGCUUCAGCAGCAGCACGGCAACCAGAGCCUGAGUGAGGACAGGAGCGCCGCCGCUGCUUCCCACAAUGCUCGGCUGCACGCCGAGGGCUCCUUUGGCCUUGGAGGACCCCCAGCAGGAGAAGCGCCCGAUCACUCGCUAGAUCUUUUACCGGAGCUGACCAACCCGGAUGAGCUGCUGUCCUACUUGGGUCCCCCCGACUUGCCCAGCAACAGCAGCGACGACCUUCUCUCGCUCUUUGAGAACAACUGA